GCAUCGAGCUCGGCUGGUUAGCGACGACUUCCCCAAAUCGACCUGCAGUAUUCCGGAUGCAAAAAAAGCUAGAGAGAAGCUCAAAAACAUGUGCGGGAGAUAUGCAAUGGUCUUGCGGCCAGACCAGAUCCGGCAGAUGUUGUGGGACAACGACAUGCCGGUCUGGGAUGCCCUAGAUGAUCCAGACGGCGGAGGAGAUGGCCAAGAUGGCGACGAUGGCGGCGCAGGGGAUGAAGACGCCGCCUCUUCACAGCGGCAGCAGCCGCGCCAAUCCUACAAUUUUGCCCCGGGCUACAACGGCGUAGUCUACAGAGCCGACGUGCCCGACUUCGGCGCCGGUCCCCGCCGCGGGCACGGCGAAGAGGGGAGCAAAAAACAGCCGCAAGGCAAAGCGCGCAAAGAACCCGGAGGGGACGAUAAUGACAGCGGCGGCGAGGUCCGCUACAAGCUCCAGGCCAUGAAAUGGGGUCUCAUCCCUUCCUGGACCGGGCGGAACCCCGACUACGCGGCCGUCAUGAAGACCAUCAACUGCCGCGACGACUCGCUGGCUGCUGGUGGUGGCAUGUGGAGUUCAAUGAAGGCACGGAAGCGAUGCAUAGUCCUCGCCCAAGGCUUCUACGAGUGGCUCAAGGUCGGCAAGGAGAGGAUGCCGUACUACAUCAGGAGAAAGGACGGCAAGCUGCUCUGCAUGGCCGGGCUCUGGGACUGUGUGCAGUACGAGGGCGACGAGAACAAGACCUACACCUACACCAUCGUCACGACCGACUCCAACGCGCAGCUCAAGUUCCUGCACGACCGCAUGCCCGUCGUGCUGGAGCCCGGCUCCGACGGGCUGCGCGCGUGGCUGGACCCGGGCCGCUCCGAGUGGUCCGGCGAGCUGCAGGCCCUCCUGCGCCCCUUCGGCGGCGAGCUCGACGUCUACGCCGUGAGCAAGGACGUCAACAAGGCCGGCCGCAGCUCGCCUUCCUUCAUCGUCCCAAUAGCGAGUAGGGAGAACAAGUCCAACAUUGCAAACUUCUUCGCCUCCGCGUCCUCCUCCCCUGCCAAGGAGAAGAGGCAACUGCCGCAACCGCAACCGCAACCGCAACCGCAGCCGCAGCCGGAGCCGGAGCAGGGCUGCGGCGGUGCGUCGCCGGCGGAUCAGGGGGCUCGAUCCAGGGAUACGAAGCCUUCGGGAGUGGGCGUAGCCGAACCGUCAGCUCCCAAGCGCCCGGCCGAGCUGGGCCCCAUUAACAGUGAACAGCAGCUGCCGUUGAAGAAGAAGCCCGCCCCAGCGCCAAGCCGGACCAUCAGUGCGACAAAGAAUCCCGCCAAGAGCCCAAACAAAUCCAAGCAGAAAGCAUCCGCCGGGACGCAGAAGAUCACCAAAUUCUUUCCCACAAAAUAGGGCAUGAUAGCCAUGAUGAAACUCGAGCGUUCCUGGGGCCCGCGAGACACUGGCACAGAACAUGAUUUUAGAGAAAAAAAGGCUAUGUCGACGACUUUUGAUCAGCCUCAAAAAAAAGCAUGGAUUCUACUUGCGCAGAUAUUAGCGCUCGAAUCAUCGUAUCCCC